AUGGGGGUUGUGAGGAGUGUGUUUGGGGUGCUUCUGGUGACUGCUGUGAUUUUAGGCCCUUGUUUAGGUAAUGUGAAAAAUGAUUUUCAUGGAUUAAAGGGUGGCAAGGGCAUGGUCAACUCUACCGCUGAAGUUUCUCGUGCUUUGGUGGGAGAUGUUGGUGUGAGUGGGACAAACUCGUCGGAAGUGUUAUUAGGUGAAAUGAAGUUCAGUGGGGGGGACGGUGGAAAAGGAGGAGGUAGUGGCGGAGGUGGAGGAAAUGGAGGAGGUGAACAUAAAGGGCGAAAAGGAAAGGGUGGAGGAAAUGGCGGUGGAGGUGGGGGUGGAGGAGGUUCAGGUGGUGGAAGAGGGGGAGGAGGAGGAGGAAAUGGACAAGGUCAUGAAUGGGGUGGAAAAAGUGGUGGAGGUGGAGGAGGUGGUGGUGGUGGUGGUGAGGGUUGGGGUUGGGGGGGAGGAAAUGGCAAUGUGAGAUGCUGGGUGUGGGGAUGUGGUAAGAAGAAGUUAGAAGAAAUUGGGUCAAAAAAUUCUAAGGGAUAA